AUGGGUGAAUAUCGUAUCGCGCCUUUGUUGUCUGCUCUGUUGCCGCAGUUCGCUCACAUUGCAUUAGAGUUAUCCCCCAACAACCGUGCCACGUGCAAGGACACUGAGUGCAAGAAGAACGGUGACAAAGUUGCCAAAGGCACCCUGCGGUUUGGUACCUAUGUCGUCAUCCAGGAGCACGGAGGCUGGACAUGGAAACAUUGCGAGGUACCUAUCAGGGGAUGUGUCUCUGGCCAACAGCUAGAGAAUGUCCGUGAACUGUGCCAGCAAGGUGAUGGCUCUUUCGAUUGUGACCUCAUCGAUGGUUACGAUGAGCUUGUCGACCACCCUGAAGUGCAAGAGAAGGUCCGCCGCUGUAUCAACCAGGGCUUCAUUGACCCUGAGGAUUUCAAAGGGGACCCAGAGAAGAACAAGCUUGGUGAGAAGGGUAUUCACUUGACUGCAGCACAGAAGAAGAAGAAAGAGGCCGCUGAAGCUGCCGCCACCAACGAUGGAGAGAAGCCCAAGGCCAAAGGCAAGCGUGGACGCAAGAAGGCCGCUGAUGAUGAGGAGGAUGAGGACGAGCCGCAGCCCAAGAAGGCUCGAACAUCCAAGGCUGCCAAGGCGGAUGAGGGGGAGAAGCCCGCUGCUAAGCCGGCCCGUGGCCGCAAAGCCGCAAAGGUCAAGGAUGAUAGUGAGAAUGAGACUGCUGCAUCUGCUCCUGCUCCAGCUCCUGUUCCUGCUCCUACCCAGAGAGGGCGCAGAACUUCAGCUCAGAAGCCAAAGGAGGAACCCGAUGCUGAGGAGAACCCUGUUCCUGUCAGAAAGGGACGAAAGGCUGCCACUAAGAAGGUCAAGAACGAAAGCGAUGAUGAAGUUCCCGCUCCUGCUCCUGCUCCUUCCAAGAGAGGACGCAGAACUUCGGCUCAGAAGCCAAAGGAGGAAUCCGAUGCUGAGGAGAAACCUGUUCCUGUCAGAAAGGGACGAAAGGCUGCUACCAAGAAGGCGGCUGCCCCUGAGGAGGAAGAUGCUGUGGUUGAGGAAGAGGAGCAAGAGAAGGCCGCGCCGAGAACCAAAGCUCGCCGCGGACGCUCCAGCAAAGCUUGA